AUGGCCGUAGCCUAUUAUAAUAAUAGUCGAAAAAGGGAGGAGUUGUCGCCGGCGGAAAAAUUUUUGGGCCGUAGAACUCGCAUUCAAUUAGAUUUGUUGAAACAAGAGAUACCCCCAGAGAUGGAUUCGGGGGAUAACGUGUAUAAAUUCGGGGUGGGACAAACGGUUUGGGCAAGAAUUUUUGGGGGUAACCAGAAAUGGGAAUCCGGUGUGGUCAUAGAAAACGUGGGGCACAAAUUGCAUAGGAUACGGUUCUCAGAUGGGAGAGAAGGCAUGAGGCACAGAGAUCAGUUAAAGAGAGGAAUGGACCCCGGAAGGCUUAGGUCGGAUCAAAGGACUUAG